AUGCGAAGAUCUGGACCUGAACUGUGGAAAACGCUAACGUCGGUCUCAAAAUCUGGACAGAAGAAAGGACGUCGUAAUACAAGACAGCCAGUUCGACCACUCAGCAGAUUUUAUCGAAUUGGAUCCAGUCCCAUGAAAGUCGAAUUCGCCGGGUUGAAUGCUCCAAUGCGGCUAAAUGACGAGAGUUUGAUGACAAUCGCAGAGCAGACAGAAGACGAGAUCAGAGACUUGAUGGGUGGAACAAAAAAGAUUCUGGAAGAGAGAGACACAGGAAAAAAGAAGCGUAAUCGCGAGAAACUGCAUCCAAUGGAGCGUGGAUUCUCUGGAACCCAACUUGUCGGUCAGAAGCUCGGUGCUCCGCCUCCAGUGGAUGGUGUCAACUUUGAUGAUUUUGAAACAUAUUGUCUUGAAGUGAAACGCACUUCCAACAUGACCAAUGUUUUCGGAAGAGUUCACACAAUGUCAGCUCUUGUUGUGACUGGAAAUGGCCGUGGACUCGCCGGCUACGCUGUAGGAAAAGCUCCGAUUCACCGAACCACAACUGCCAUCAUCAAUGGAAUAGGAAUGGCGUCUAGGAAGAUCUUCCACGUGGAACUUCAUGAAGGACGUACCAUCUACCAGGACUUCUAUGCUGAGUGCCGUAACACUCGUGUGUUUGCUCAACGUCGUCCGCGUGGAUUCGGAUUAACUUGCCAUCCCCGUUUGAUCAAGAUUUGUGAGGCCAUUGGAAUCAAGGAUAUCUAUGUGAAGGUUGAGGGGUCCACGAAAAAUUAUUUGGCGCUGACUCAUGCUUUCGUCACCGGACUUCUCAAUCAAGAGACUCAUCAACAGUUGGCUGAGAGGAAAGGUCUUCAUGUCGUUGAAAUGUCCCCGUCCCGUCAUUUCUUGCCUCAGAUUGUUGCGUCACCAAUUUCAACCGAACUGAAAACCGAGGAGACUUUGGAGGCACUUGAUCGGCUGAAUCUUGAUGAUUUCUAUGGUGAAGGACGUUACCCGUUAAGAAAACCAAAAGCCCUUCCAUUCUUUUCCAAUCUUGAGGGCCAUUUGGACGCCAGGUGGAGGAAACAUCCAUUCCGUAACCAGGAAUCGACAAUGAUUCGUCUGAUCGCCGAUAACAUGGUUCCUCGAUGGACGCGUGAUGCUCGUGCGGCGUGGGCGGAACAAAGAAACGAACGGAUGACGACGGGUGUUGAGCCAAUGCCACUCGGUAUCGGACUCUCGCAUGUGGUCCCAAAAAAGGAUGACUAG